AUACUGGGCCGCGUUUGCUGAAACCAUAGGAAUGCGACACACUUUGUAUUUACAGACCAAAGCUACAGCUCUUUCAUGUAUAAAUACAUAUAUGUUAAACGCCAGCAGUCGUUAUCUGUCACCGGGUCCGCUUCAGGUUUUUGUUUAAUGACGACGUAACGACGGUUUGAUUUCUUUCACGGAAACAACUUUGUUGCCGCAGGGAGUCUGGCUUUUCCUCCUCGUCCUCAGCUGCCUUUCUGACAUGAGAUCAGGUGGAUAGGGGGUUACCGGACCUGGGACUAAGAGUCUGAUGCUAGGCUGUAGCUGCCACAGCCGCCAUCAUGUUCACCAAAAAGAAGAAGUCUCGCAUCCAGAUCUCCGCUCCAUCCAACUUUGAGCAUCGCGUACAUACAGACUUUGACGAGCAUGAGCAGAAGUUUGUCGGGUUGCCGCGGCAAUGGCAGUCGCUCAUCGAAGACACGGCCAAAAGGCCCAAACCCUUCAUCGACGUGACUGUCAUCACUACUGUAGAGCCACGCAAGACAAUUGUACGAGGCAGCAAGCUUGGAGUGGAUGGCUCUCUGACUUGGCUGUUGGAUGAAUUCGACACGAUGUCUGUGACUCGCUCCAACUCCCUGCGACGAGGCAGCCCUCCCAUCCAGCCUCGCAAGGACUCUAGCUCUUCAGGAGGAGGAGGACAGGAGAACGGAGAUCCUCACCACAGACACUACUCCCUCUCAGACAGAGACCGACCCAGACCAGACCUCCACCAGAGUGGAGGGGACCCCCGCCAGAGUCAGCGUGAGCACCGUCCUCCUCAGUGGGACGAGGGAGUCCAAGGUCGGCCCCAGCAGCAGCCCCGGGGCCAAGAGCCCAGCCGGGCACACAAGGACAGACCAGGUUCCGGCCCUCCCCCUCCCCCUCACAGAGACAGAGAGCCUCGGGACCGGGACCAGGUGGAUCAACCCAGUGACCAAAGGCCAAAGUCCAGCUACAUUGUUCGGGAUGGCAGCCCUCAGUCUCCCAGGGACAAGAGGCCUCUCUCUGGGCCCAACAUCCGCACCCCAAACCUGCCAGUAACAGAGGGGGUGAUGAAGACUGCCCAACAGAACACACGGCCGUUUAACACCUACCCAAGGACGGACAGCGAGGGAGGACGCAGUCCCACAGGACAGCCGGUUCGACACCAUGAAUCCUCCCCUCUAAACGGGCCCUCUAGUGGCUCAACCCGAGGUUCCUCUAGCUCCAAGCCCCCUAUAAGCCACCCACACCCUCAUCACACUUCCCACCCCACCUUGACUCCUGAGGCCACACAGCACCCACACACUCCUCACCCCGGCGUUCCAGCCCCGCGACCCCCUGUGCGUUCUGGGCCCCCGGUGUCAGGUGCACCGACCCAGGGCCGCUCACCGCAGAGGGAACCCCAGAGGGUUUCCCAUGAGCAGUUCAGAGCGGCACUACAGAUGGUAGUGGAUCCUGGGGAUCCACGGACCUACCUGGACCACUACAUUAAGAUAGGGGAGGGGUCCACGGGGAUCGUGUGUAUCGCCACAGUGAAGACCACUGGGAAACUGGUCGCGGUGAAGAAGAUGGACCUGAGGAAACAACAGCGCAGAGAACUCCUCUUCAACGAGGUUGUGAUCAUGCGGGACUAUCACCAUGAGAACGUGGUGGAGAUGUACAACAGCUACUUGGUGGGGGACGAGCUCUGGGUCGUCAUGGAGUUCCUGGAGGGAGGAGCUCUCACUGACAUUGUGACACACACCAGGAUGAACGAGGAGCAGAUCGCCACAGUGUGUCUGUCCGUCCUGAAGGCAUUGUCUGUCCUCCACACACAGGGUGUGAUCCACAGAGACAUCAAGAGUGACUCCAUCCUUCUCACUCACGAUGGCCGCGUGAAGCUGUCAGACUUUGGUUUCUGUGCCCAGGUGUCUAAGGAAGUGCAAAGAAGGAAGUCUCUGGUGGGAACACCGUACUGGAUGGCACCGGAGCUCAUAUCCAGACUGCCUUAUGGACCAGAGGUGGACAUCUGGUCUCUGGGUAUCAUGGUAAUAGAGAUGGUUGACGGGGAGCCACCGUACUUCAACGAGCCGCCUCUCAAAGCCAUGAAAAUGAUCCGGGACAACCUGCCUCCCAAACUGAAGAACCUGCACAAGGUCUCCCCUCUGCUCAAAGGCUUCCUGGACAGGAUGUUGGUGCGAGACCCGGCUCAGAGGGCCUCGGCCAACGAGCUUCUUAAACACCCCUUCCUAACGAAGGCGGGUCCGCCGUCCUGCAUCGUCCCCCUGAUGAGGCAGAACAGAAUGAGAUGAGACAUUUAACAACAAGAUCUCCAGACUGGAGGGCUGCGUGUGCAGGUUCAGAUGGAAUUUAAUACUCCUGCACACAGCGAGGCGGCCCAAAGAGGUCAGAGGUCAUAGAUGAGAGGUGUGUGCUUCGGGUGAAACUCAAAGAAAGAGCUGUGAGCUGCAAAGUGCAAACCGGGUGUGCAGGAGUAUUCUUUUUUUUCCUUAUGUGAAUCACUGAACUCUGGGGAGUGUUCUCCCUUAAUAAGAGGCAAUAAGGGUGUGUGUGUGUGUGUGUGUGUGUGUGUGUGUGUGUGUGUGUGUGUGUGUGUGUGUGUGUGUGUGUGUGUGUGUGUGUGUGUGUGUGUGUGUGUGUGUGUGUGUGUGUGUGUGUGUGUGUGUGUGUGUGUGUGUGUGUGUGUGUGUGUGUGUGAACAUAUGUUGGCAUGUGUGCCCUGUCGAGUGAUUUUAAGCCAAUUUCAUAUGAACUAUCAGUUUUAAUUGAAUUCCUGGAAAGAUUGUUGCUGUUUUUAUAUUUCCAUUUGGACCUCGACUGGAAGUUAAGUGUGAAGGGGGGGUUUUGCACACCAAAUGGAUGCUUUUGAAGGAGCCGUGAGCCCAUUGGCUGAGAGUGGCGGAGCGACAUUUUAAUCCCGCUCUUUGACGGUCUGGAAGCCAAAUCUUCUCACUACAAAGACUUGUCCCAAGGACAGAUCCAAGACUCGGACGCUAUCCUCAUCACAGCCAGAACUUACUACUGAGGGAGGAGAUCUUUAGACUCAGAAAUGAGUCAGACUUUAUUUUGUAGCCAUAUAAAUACUAGCUUCCUGUACACAAGCAAACACACACUAAGUCAAAAAGGUAAACACUGGAGUUGUGGUCUUUUUAACAAAUGAAUUUUCUCUUAUUUCCUCCUUAUUUUCCUGUCUAAGUACAAUGAACAUAGAGAGAUAUAUCAGUUUGAUGUUUUGCUAUCUCUAUUUUGUAAUUGUUGUAUUAUAAUUAUUAUGAUGAUUUGUUUUCUGGUUUAUUUUAGAGAAAGAUGUGAUGAUUUUUGAAGCACUGUCGACGAGAGAUAGAGGCUGCACUCCCGGUUGAUUCCAGCACGCAGGUCCUAGACACUAGACAUAUUACUUUGGUUUUGUUUUAAUCUAGACCAGAUUGGACUUGUUGACCAUAAACUUUAGUGGUCAAGAUGUCAAUCUGACAAGCAGGAAAGGUUUUGAUGAAUCAUGAAAAGACAACAACACAUCUUGGGUACCUAAAUGGGUAUAAAAUCUGGACAAAACAUAAAUAUCAUACCCAUGUUUUAGCAUAUUUUAAAUGUUUUAUUUUUUUAUUUUACUGUAGUGUUUUUAAAAGAGUAGACUUUUCCACAUUCUCUUUUUUUUAACUUUAUGUUACUAACUCACUUCACAAACUAAUGGUUGUUCUUUGGUGAAAAAGGCAAUUUGCGGGUAGUUUUCAUUCUGUGUUGCACGUCAGAAUCCUCAUCGCUUUCCAACAAACACACCACGGCUGCUGUUUGCAGUAAACGUGCUGCUCAGUGGACGAGUGCCCAUCGUGUUCUUCCAUUGAAUCCAUUAAUAUUUGAUUUCCUAGUUAAUGCAUCAGGCAGUUAGCUCUUGAGUCCUCCUCGUAGUGCGAGUGCUUUAUUUUGAAACAAUAAAGGAAAACACUACACUGCACUACACCGAGUGUUACAAAUCAGCAAGGAGAGCGCCUUUUUUUAGACAUACGCCAACCAUUAAUAGAGCUCUUCAAGCUCUUAAUGUGUGUCUGAAGAUAUGCUAUUAUUUGAGAGUUUGCAUUGUAGUCGGUGUGUGUGUGUGUGUGUGCUCUGUGAAAGUGGACCAUAGAGCAGAUGACAGAAAGAUAACAGAAGUACUUUGAAGGCAGGAAACAUUUUCAUGAAAAUCCACACUGUAGACUAGUGAGUAACAGCUGCUGAUAAUACACACACACACACACACACACACACACAAACACAAGAGCUAAAGUAAUUAUCCGACCUGUGUUGUUAGGUUCUGGGCAGCACUGAGAGGGAACUGUUUUCCUUGCAAACAUACUCUAAAGAUUUGGCAUCAGGCCUUUGUUAAUUUCGUCGUGAUGUUUAACAACAGCAGCGUUCUGUUGGUUGUCAGACACAAGUUCUCUAAAUGGACUGAAAAAAGUUUUCAUGCUCAACUUAAUAACUCCCGCAACUUGUUUUUUUCACAUUAGGACAUUCAAAUCAGCCACUGCAAAUUAAAUUCAUUUUCAAAUACCCAAGGCCGCCACAGCAGGCAGAAUGAAACUAUAGAGAAUUAAUCACAUCACAGUUCAGGUUAUUAUACACCCCCUUUGGCCCUGAAGCAGGCGUCUUUAUCAGCAGACAUCUGUAGUUUCACACUGUACUUUGUAGCAAUGAACAGUCAUUUAUGCAAAAGAUGACAUUUGUGAUAAGGCCCUGUUAUAAUUCAUCCCUAUCAAGGUAAUGUGACAAAGAGAUAUGCACAUAAACACAGCCUGCAGACACUUUCCCUCUCUCGGCCAGGACUGCGGUUUCCAUUCCUUCUGUCUUCCAGUUCAGCGCUCGUCAGUCAAGUUUUCUACAACGUGUUUUCUUGAAUACUUCCUGCUGAUCUGGUGCUCCUUGAAAAUGAAAGCAAACUUUUAGAUGCCGUCUUCUGUCACAUCGGUCUCCCCCCCCCCCC